UCAACUGGCAGCCUGUCCUUGUCGGUCUUUUUCUGCAGUUUAUCCUUGGGCUUAUCACGUUGCGCACAAAAGCCGGAUACAACUUUUUCAAAUUUCUCGGUGAAAUGAUGAGUACAUUUCUGAAAAACACAGCUGAAGGGUCAGGUUUCGUAUUUGGAGACCUGCCCCAUUUCGGAUUUACGGUCCUUCCAGUGGUUAUCUUCUUCUCCUCCUUCAUUUCUAUCCUCUUCCAUCUUGGUGUGAUUUCAAUCCUGAUUGAGAAGCCAUCAGCUCUUGCAAAGAAGGUAAUGGGAACAACGGGUCCGGAGACACUCAAUGCCAUAGCGAACAUGUUUGUGGGAAUGACCGAGGCACCGCUGAUUACACGGCCCUACCUGCAUCUCAUGACUGGUUCGGAACUACAUGCGAUUAUGGUAAACGGGUUCGCGUCGGUCGCGGGCUCAGUCCUUGCAGCCUAUAUUAAAUUUGGGGUUUCUCCGCACGACUUGAUGAUUGCAUGCGUAAUGUCGGCGCCCGCCGGACUGGCCAUCUCCAAAAUUCUCCAUCCCGAGACAAAACGUGCUCCACUGGCUUCUCUCAAGUCCCUGGAAUCAGUCAAAAUUCUUUAUCGGUUCAUGAACGGUCUUCUCACCUGGUUUGGAGAGCGCGCCCAAAUACCAACGCCACUCACCUUUGAACUCAUAUUCUCAUACCUACUCUGGCCUGUUGCAUUUACAAUGGGAGUGCCUCAAGAGGACUGCUUCAAAGUUGCCGAACUGAUUGGCGUCAAGAUGAUGCUUAAUGAAUUCGCUGCCUAUAAGAGUUUGGUUACUGGUCACUUAUUAAAUGCUUCCUAUAAUUUCCUAUCUACUGCCUGCUUUCAGAGUGACCGAGCCGUGCUUAUCGUCACUUACUGCCUCUGUGGAUUUGCUAAUAUCGGAUCAAUUGGAAUUAUGCUGGGUUCAAUGGUCACUAUGUUACCACACCGACGGAACGAACUAUCUGGCAUGGUACUGAGCGCUAUGAUCGGCGGCACAGUAGCCUGUUUUCUGACGGGAUCUUUUGCGGGUAAGUUAUUUGCUCCCUUUUAA